AGGAGUGAGGAUAUAAGGAAAGAUGAAGAAGAAUUGGAGAUCCAAAGGAGUCAAGAGACAAUGAGCAUGAGAGCAAUGUUUGGAGAAUAUAGUCUUCAUUCCUCUGUGUCUCGCCUAACCUAUUCAUAUCCAAAUUGUAAUGACCAAAUCCUAGAAGCCAUAUCCCAUUCUCUCCAGACAUCCUUUCCCUUCUACAUUCAGGUUCUCCAUCUAAUGAAUAAGAUGAAUUUCCCUCCUCCAUUUCAUGCCACAGAGGAGCAGGCUCCUGUGAACAUGAGUGAGAGUGAAAGUGAAAGUGAAUAUGAAAGUUCAGAUGAGGAGGAGACAUUGAGGGAAAUGCGAAAGAGGAAGGUGGAAGAGGAGCUGGUGCCCAUGCCCUUAGCAAAGAAGAUGAAAUCCCGUCUUAAAGUUCCAAAGCUGGCAAUUGUGCCAAACAGGCCCAGAGGAGAUGAAGAGCCACCCAAGGUGCAGAAGAGAGAGCUGAAACUAACCAUUUGUAUCAAAGGGGACAUGAAGAGAGAUUCAAAGGAAUUGGUCAAGCAGGGGGAAGGUGAAGCAAGUGGUGUGGGAUUUGGGAAACUGGAGCCCAAGAAGAGAUCUCCCCUGAGUCCUAAAUCCCAGAUGAAACAUAAAGGGUCAGAUGAUGUGAAUUGGGAAUGCACUGAGUUCAUCUCAAAGAAGGAACUUGAAGGAAACACCCUCCCUCCACAAGAAUGGAAGAAAGUCUCUGCAUUCAAGAACUAUGAUCCAGGAGAACCAACUGCCAGGCUGUACGUCAAAAACUUGGCAAAAGAAGUGAAAGAAGAAGAUUUAAAACGGAUAUUUGGGCGGUAUGUCAUCUGGACAAGUGAAGAAGAAAGAACCAGAUGUGUGUAUGCCAAGUUCCAGGAAUCUAUUGUGAAUAGUUAG